AUGUCAAUAUUCAUAUAUUUUGCUUUGGCCAUGACUAAAUGCAGUGCGAUUGCCUAACCUAGACUGAAAGAUAUGCAACAGGUCUCAUAAAAUUUUUGUCCUCGAGUCAAAUCACGUGCGAGAUGUGUAAUGGAAGCGUGUUCUCCGUCGUUCGAUUCAACAGAGAUCUCAUCGAUAUCGAAUUACGUAAACGAAGAGAAUUAUCGAAAAUCAGAGAUAAACGGUUGUGCAGGAGACAAUGUGAAGGUGCUUCUUGAGGUCGAGGUCAGUCAGUGUCUCUACGAGAACAGACACAGGAAGUCUAAGGAUAAUCGACUGGAUCCUGAUGAUCUUGUGGAAGUUACAAUAAUUCAUCCAGCAGCUUGUGAAUCAAAAUCUACACUGGGAAAGUCGAGUUCAAAAUCCCCAAAGAUUUUGAAUUUAAUUAAAGAGAAUGACAAGGUACACGGUGAUCAUCCAUUGGGUCAAAAAUACAAAGAAAAUAUUUCAGAAAUAAAAAAUAAUAUGACCAUGUCGAAAUCAAAAGUUCCCUUAAAAAUUCCUCAAUCGGGCGAUCAUUACCGGUCUGAUAACUCGGAUAACGUUGGAUCGGAUCAGGACGAUACGUUAACCGAUUCUUUAGAAUCUCAGUCGAAGACAGUAAUCAAAGAGGAGCCAGCUGCAGCAAACGUAAUCAGUGAGAAGAAAAUUGACGUUUCUCAAAUUUCUAAAAAGGCGACUUCCGAUCCCGGUAAAAUCCCCUUCAUAGAAUUAGGUGCCGUUCACAAGGUCCUGGAUCGACUGAAGACCGAAAUGAAGAGACCAAAGUCACAAAGAGAUAAUUUUUCUAAAGAACUGAUACCGAUGCUGCAGAAACUACUUGGAGGAUGGGACGAGAGGAAGUUGGAUGAAUUUUUGAAAAAAGAUCAAUCUCUCACAAAGUGCGAAUACUGCGGAGUCAUCAGUUGUCUAAAAUCAUCCAGGGGAUUGACCCGCGAUACAGAAUCCAACCGACUAUCUCCGGAUCAUCAAAGAUCCUCGAGAAGUAUCAGUGACAAAAAUUACCUGAAGAUCUAUGAGAGAUCAAUAACGACGCGCAAGGAUAACAGUGAUAAAAAGGAUAUUCAUCCGAGUGCACAGACGCGUUCACGAUUUUCUCCAGAAUUAUCCGAAAUCUCAGGACCAAGGAAUGCUGCAGGAUACAGUGAGAGAUACUUGAGAGCUAACGAUCCGAUACAGAACAAAACUAUGGCGGCUGAACGGGAUUCCACUUCGAACGAAGUGUCGGGGAAGACAGGAAGGUCCUUUCAAAAUCCACGUCCUGCUCGUCGUCCUAUAAGAGAAGCUUCAGCUAAACGUCCUCCUCUUUUUACAAGCGUGCGACGAGCCUGCGAGAGGAAUGCCGAAAAUCAUGUCGAUGACAGUGAAACCAAGUCCAAGAUCAAGACGGGGACCAAGAAGCCGGAGGUCGAAGCUGACGUCAUCGCCGACAAGCAGCGCCGCGUCCGGCAGCGAAACGAAACGCAAGAGAAGGCCAAGGGAAGGACAUUUAAUAAUCCUCGUGUGGCUGGAGACGCUGUAACUAGAAGACGUUGCCGUUCGAGCGACUUGCCGAAAGCCGAGGAGCAUAAGAAUGAACGUGUGAAAGAGGUAGAUGCCACUAGUAGGGAGCCGGUAACGGAAUCCCAGACUCCUGAAAUCUUUGAAAACUUGACAGCUGGUUCAGUGGAAGUGCAGUCAGUAUUUCCGAUUGAAUUGACUCCUUUGAAGGAUACGAUGAAAUAUCUGGCAAAAGGACAAUUGUCUAUUGCCGAUAAAAAGGAGGAUAAAAAUAAAGUUUUUAAAGAUUUAGCUGAAUCUACGGUCAAUCGUAUUUUCGACAAAAGGAAGCAAAGUUUUGUUUUACAUGCAAGCAGAGAUGGUGCUUCGCCAUUGGAUGCUGGAUUUUGGCUUUGCGAUAGUGGCCGUGCUAAAGAUAUUUGUGAAAAAUUGGAAAAGUGCAACGAGCCCGCGUUAUCGGUCGCUAAGGACACUUGCGAGAAUGAACGAUCCUUUAAAUCCGACGACGCCAUUUCUUUAGGGAAUCGUACCGAGGAGAAAUCGGAAAAUUUUCCAGAAAGCGAUACGACGGCCUUCAGCUCGUCUUCUGCUGAGAAUUUGAUACGCGAAUGGAUGAAGCCUGAUGGAAAAAUAUUGCAGACUUUGGGAGGCAAGAAGCGUGAAGUUGGCGAUAAGGAAUUGGUGUCUGGUUCGAUGGAGAAAUUAUUGUCGAGCGAUAAGAGAGCCGAAAUAAUUCGUAUCGUCAGAGAAAAGAUUUCUAAAGCCAUUGAAAAUCGCGCCACUUAUUCCGUAAUCUCAGAAGACAAACUGUAUAACGACGAGAAUUCUGAAGCUGGAAAGAUUCAAGGAAAACUAUCAAAACGUUCUGUCGGACAGGAUUUGAUAAAAACAAUUGAUACACCAAUUAAAUUGAAAUCCACUAAAAGAAAGUCGGAAGUCAACUCAAAAAAAGCAUGCUGCUGUGGACCCUCCUUAAAACCUUUUGACAUCAGUCGGGAAAUCAUUGAAAAAAUUUGGGGCACCAAAGAGUCAUCCUUGAAAUUGACCGACGAUCCAAUUGACGAAGGCCGUUGCUUGGCCAAGCAACAAUAUAUAAUAAUAAGCGCACCUACAACAAAAAUUGAAGAAAGUCCAAAAGGAAGCCUGAAAAUGACUUACAAGAAUCCAGUUUCCAGACUUUCGCUGAGUAGUACUGAAAAUCGUUUAAAAAUUGAAAAUUCGGAGCGCUUCGAGCGCGAAGUGAUCUACGAUGAUUCCUCUCGCGACACUGUCAGCACUGACACCAUAGUAGAUCCAGCCUCCAGAGGCCUACCGAUGUACAGAAAGAUCCUCGACAGCAAUGAAGAAAUGGAUUGGGAGAGUUUUGAGCAACUGGUAGGAACGCUUAAUCCGGAGCAACGUGACUUAUGGUCUGACAUUUGCAAAGCAGUGAGCAACGAAGCGAAGCGCGUGGCUGGCGAGACAGGAGCAACGACCGAAGUCUGCAUAGAGAUUGAUCCGGUUCCCUGCAAAGAGAGAAAAGGCAAAGUUCGCGUCCGUGCGGACGAAGUGACAUUCGAGAUGGACAUGACACUUAAGGACGUGGAAAGUUUUUUGGAUAAAAAAUUGGCACGAAAUUAUGAAAAUUCAAAAGACCAAGUUUGAUUAUAGAGUCGAUCGCCUAAAUCGACGUCCCUCGUACAGUGUCCCUUGAAAGUAUUUGUCGAAUUUCUAAAUUUCUAAAUUCCUACACUAAAAUCCCAAAAGUGUCCAUCUAGCGCAAUUCGCGCGCACCAUCUUGGCACGUUUCAGGCCGAGUAGAUAGGUGGUGCCUAAGGCUUGGCGAAGAUGCUGAGGAUGCUGAAGGGUGGUCAGGUCGUCGAGUGUAGGGUUGGUCCAGCAAGCAGAUUCCUCGACUGAUCG